CUCGAUGGGUCAGUGUGGUGAUAACCUCGCGCGUCGGCACCACGGACCUCUUUGCUCAGAUGCUAGUGAACACUUCGCCCUUCUGCGACGUGCCUACCAUAAGUCUAUAAAGCCAGUCGGCGCACACAAAAGAAACAGUCCGCCUUCGAUCUCCGCCGAUGUUGUUUAUUUAGCACACACAUCUAAGACACAUCGACGCGUAAUCACAUAUUGCGAUGAUUUCAAAACAGUGAAUAGUUAAACAAAACCAGGUUUUGAAUAUCCCUCCCUUUUGUAUGCGCACGCGUGCAAACGCCGCUGUGAUUGGUCGUGAAAACAACCUUCAAGAAAAGUAAAAACAUGACGAUGAGUGAAACAAAAAGCAGUGUCAGUCGGUCGGCGUGCAAUUGUAAAGGAAGCAUGAUCGUUGUGUCGAACAGGCUGCCUUUUAUUUUGAAGAGAAAUGAGAAAACCGGUGAAUUAGAGAGAAAAGCCAGCGCGGGCGGUUUGGUGACAGCGGUCGCGCCGGUGGUCAUCCGGGGCAGCGGGAUAUGGGUGGGGUGGCCUGGUAUACACCUGGACGACCCCAACGAAAGCAUACCCGAAUCUAACCCCAAUGACAAGACGCCCACAGCCGGACUGCUUUCUAAAAAGAUUGUACCAAUUCGCGCAGAGCCAAAUCUAUUCGACAGUUACUAUAACGGAUGCUGCAAUGGCACGUUCUGGCCAUUAUUCCAUUCGAUGCCUGACCGAGCUACAUUCAUCGCAGAUCACUGGAAGGCUUACAUCAAAAUCAAUGAGGAAUUCGCAAAUAAAACUAUACAUGCGUUGAAUUUACUGAAACAAGAUAAAGAAAAGAAUGGUGGCUCACCACCGAUAGUAUGGGUACACGACUAUCAUUUGAUGUUAGCCGCUAAUUGGAUCAGACAGCGCGCUGAAGAGAACGAUAUUAGAUGUAAACUUGCAUUUUUCCUCCACAUACCGUUCCCACCAUGGGACAUCUUUAGACUGUUCCCGUGGUCUGAUGAAGUUUUACAAGGCAUACUUGGUUGUGAUAUGGUCGGAUUCCACAUAACAGAUUACUGCUUAAAUUUCAUAGACUGUUGCCAAAGGAAUUUAGGUUGCCGUGUGGACAGAAAAAAUCUUCUAGUUGAAUUGGGAGGUCGUACCAUCUGUGUCAGACCUCUACCUAUCGGAGUACCUUUCGACAGGUUCGUCCAACUCGCACAAAAUGCAAAACCAGUGCUCUCUACAAACCAAAAAGUUAUACUUGGUGUCGACAGACUUGAUUAUACCAAAGGUUUAGUACACAGACUGAAAGCUUUCGAAAGAUUACUCGAGAAGCAUCCUGAACAUAUAGAGAAAGUCGUCUUAUUGCAAAUAUCAGUACCUUCGAGAACAGAUGUGAAAGAAUAUCAAGAUUUGAAGGAGGAAAUGGAUCAACUGGUGGGAAGGAUAAAUGGAAGAUUUACUACGCCCAAUUGGUCUCCUAUUAGGUACAUUUACGGCUGUGUUGGACAAGACGAGCUGGCAGCCUUCUACCGUGAUGCCGCGGUGGCGCUCGUCACGCCGUUACGUGAUGGCAUGAACCUAGUCGCCAAAGAGUUCGUCGCGUGUCAAAUAAACACGCCCCCCGGGGUGCUAAUAGUGUCGCCGUUUGCUGGCGCGGGCGAGAUGAUGCACGAAGCGCUUAUCUGCAACCCUUACGAGUUAGACGACGCAGCCGAAGUUAUCCACAGAGCGCUGAUCAUGCCAGAGGACGAGAGAACGGUCCGAAUGAACAACCUGAGGCGGCGGGAGCAGCUCAACGACGUGGACAGCUGGAUGAAGUCCUUCCUGAAAGCCAUGGACUCUCUGGAGGAGGAAGCGGACGACAUCGGAGCGACCUCCAUGCAGCCAGUCACUAUAGACGAUUUCGACGAAUACCUAUCCAAGUACAUAGGCUACACACAGAAACUAGCGCUUAUGCUGGACUACGACGGUACCCUGGCCCCCAUCGCACCUCAUCCAGACCUCGCCACCUUGCCUCUAGAGACCAAACACACGCUACAAAGGCUAUCCAACAUGUCUGACGUGUACAUAGCCAUUAUAUCUGGACGGAAUGUUGAUAAUGUGAAGAAUAUGGUUGGUAUCGAAGGCAUCACUUACGCGGGUAACCAUGGGUUGGAGAUUCUGCAUCCGGAUGGUAGCAAGUUUGUACACCCCAUGCCUAUGGAACUCCAAGACAAAGUCGUUGAACUUUUGAAAUCCCUACAAGAACAGGUAUGCAAAGACGGCGCGUGGGUGGAAAACAAGGGAGCUCUGCUGACAUUCCACUACCGGGAGACGCCGUUAGCCAAGCGGCCCGCGCUCGAAGCACAAGCGCGCAAGCUCAUCGCAGCCGCCGGAUUUACACCUGCGCCCGCGCAUUGUGCACUCGAGGCACGUCCGCCCGUACAGUGGGAUAAAGGUCGUGCGUCUAUUUACAUCCUAAGGACUGCCUUCGGUUUGGACUGGAGUGAAAGAAUCAGAGUUAUUUAUGCUGGGGAUGACGUUACCGACGAAGAUGCUAUGUUGGCACUAAAAGGCAUGGCCGCGACAUUCCGCAUUGCAUCAUCAAACAUCAUCAAGACAUCAGCGGAGCGCAGGCUUUCAUCGACCGAUUCUGUGCUAGCGAUGCUCAAAUGGGUAGAACGACAUUUCUCGAGGCGCAAACCGCGCGCUAAUUCUCUCACAUACAAAACCGCUAGGAAGGCCCGCGACACUCUACAUAUGCAGAUGUCAUACCAUCUACCGACCAAAACCUCACCAAAGCAAUCCCCACCGCGCUCGCCGGACGUAAUAUCCGAUAAGUCAUCCAGUGGGUCAGAAUCUAGCUAAUUUGUUAGGUACAUACAAGGAGAGACUAAUAAAAACGCAGCAAAAUGUAUAAGUCUGUCUGAUUGUACCAUAGAUGAUAAACAGAAUUACUUUGUAAUAAUCCAUCCUCUUGCAAACAUUCAUACAUAUAUUACGCGGAGGUACACGGGUUAUGUAUGUGAUCUUUAAAAUCAAUGGAAAAUAUAACCAAACACGUCCAAUACAAUUUAGUCUUGAAAACAUAUCAAAUAUAACAAUAUGUAUUGCAAUAUGAUAUGCAGCAAUUUUGGUCAUACUACGAGUUCAUAUAAUAUUAAACAGUGCAUAAUAUUUUUACUCUUUCAAUUGUUUUUUUUUUUUUUUUUUUGAAUGAUAGACAUUAUUUUAUAUAAUCGCAUAUAGUGUUUACAGUAUACUGUUAAGCACCAUAUAUGUAGUAAAUGAAAUGAUAUUCUAAACUUUAUAAUGGAAUUUUACACGUCUUGUAGUCCUCAAUUUACGAAUAUGGUAACAUAAUAAAACCAAAUAUUCCCUUUUGGGAAUACUCGUAAUAUACACCUAAAUAUAUUUUUUAAAUUUAUAUCUUAGUAUUAUGCAUUUACAUUAACCAGAUAAUAUAAAAUAAAUAUAUGAAAAUGACGUCAAAAUAUCUGUCCGUGAAAAUGGUGCAACCAUUUCUGAUAAUUGAAUACAACUUCUUAUAUUUGUGACAUUACUUAGUUUUUUUUUAUAACAAACUAUAUACUACCUAACAUUAUCAUACUAUAUACCUAGUUGUUAAUGUUUUGUGUCAAUCGAUUUACCCUUGGUCGGGGUAUUGACAGUCAAGUCUGUAAACAUCAAAGGUAACCUUCCGACAUUUGCCGGCAUGGGUGCCAGAACACCGAUCGUUUAGGCUUUAGGGAAUCUCUUUAAAAUACGUGAUAUCCUUGUAUUUAAGUAUAGCAUGCAUUGGAAUAUAUCUAUGUGAUAGUAUAGUACAAUGUACUUGUUAAUAGUUAGUAGGCGAAGCCAUAUUUGUGAUGAUUUAAAAUUACCAUAAACUUUACCAAUACAUGUGUAAUAAACUCAUAAAGACUUGUAGACAAUUGUAACCCAAUAUAGAAUAAAAAAAAACUAUUUGUAUAUUUAUAUUACGUAAUUUAAAUAUUAUGGCAGCUAUAUUGAAUCUUUUUAAAGCUGAAUUCUAAAUUUAAAAUAUAAAUCCCGGAAUUUUAAUAAAGGAAACUAAAAGAUUAAAAACCGAUACGUAACGUAACAUAUUACUCAAAUACCAUGCAGUAUAACAUUUCACUAAAACGAAAUACAAUUCUAAAUGUAAUACCACGGUUACGAAGCCCUUUGCCAUUCUCUAAGUAUUUAUAAUCUUUGAUAUUAAUAUGAGAUUAUUGUUUUAAAAAACUAAAUUGUUAUGUCGGUAUUUAGAAUUCUUUGAAAAUUAUUAACCUUACAAAAGGACUCGAAGCUGCAUUCCAUAGUUCUACAGGUCGAGUGCCUUUCCCACUAUGAUUAUGGCUAUAGGUAUAAUCAUAAAUAUUUCGUAUGUAAAUUCCAAUAUGUACGAGUUAUGAGCACUCAUACCAAGUGAAGGAUCAUGUCCUCUGUAUUAUAUAUUAUUAUUAUAAAAUAAUAUCAAAUUGGUUCGUUGGGUUUAUUUAAAGAGAAAUUUACCCGAAAGUGUAUUUUUUUCCUAAAUUCCCUCCAAUAGUAAAAAAAAAUUGUUAUCGAAACUAUCCAUUAUAUUGAUAGUACUGAUUGGUUUCAUAAUGUGCACAAAAUGAAUAAAUAGUAUGAAAUAAACAAAUCAGAAAGUAAUAUUGGUCAGAAUCAACAUUUUCUAUUGUAGAUCUCAUACAAAUAUUAUAAGUAUUUAUACAUAAAUUUAUGGUUUCUUCAUCGUUGAUCCAAAUAAAACCAACAGAUUAUUAUUGCCUAGAUAUUAAUUUUACAUUAUACCUAUGACCAAUAAUCAGAAUAAAUAGUACAUUACUGCAGCAGCCAGCAACUAAGGCAUUGAUGAACAAACGUGCAAAUGUGGGCUGAGACGUAGCCGAGGCACACAUACGUGAGUUCAUCAAUGCCUAGUUGUGGCCAAGGCUUGUAUAGUACUUUUCUCAAACAAUGCGCGGAAAUCAUAAACACAAUUUUACUUUUUAAGUUCAAUGACGAAUAACGAACAAUAAUAAUUUUUCACGCGCCAUAAUAUUCCUUUGUUUUUUUUUUUUUGUUUUCAAUAAACAGCUUUCUAUUUGCAAGCCAGUUCGAAAUUUAAAUAAAACCUUUUAUUAGUUACCUCCUUGGUAGCCAUGUUUUGAAGUAAAAGGUCAUUCCAUUUUUAAAUUACAGGACAGAUAUGAGUUUACAUAGUAAUUUAUCUGGCGGCAAAACACGACAGCAUAGUAAUUUAUCUGGCCGCAAAACACGACAGAUAUGGAUUUUCAUACAACUUUUGCCGGCCGCUGCCCGCAUGUAUCUGGCCAGUACGGCAAUUUUGUUUUAUCUCGAAGAAGAUUGUCAAAAUAAUGCUCAUAUUUCCAAGCAUGUUUGAGAAACAAUAUAUUGUAAUUAUUUUAUACGUAACAUUCUAUAACAUACGACGUAUGUGUAAUGUGCAAACUUUUCAUUAUCUUUGUGUAUAAGAAUUCAAUGUAUCGAUGAAAAAAAAAUAUUAAAAAUCUCGUUUAUUUGUGUGAUUAUAAUUUCCAAAUCAAUGUAUGAUUAAGUAGAGUUAUUAAUUAAAUUAAUAUCGAAUCGAUGUUUGGGAGAACGUGAACUAGUCUAGUUGGUUGCUAUUGAUACUAUACAAAUACAUAUUAUGCACUGAUACGCCCUCGAAUUGCUAUAUACUUACUGUAUUUUUAGAUACAUAUUUAAUAUUUUUAAAAGAUUUAAAUAAAACAAUGCAAAUAGACGGAAAA